AUGAGCAAAAUGUACAACAGACAACAGUUCCCCGAGGGACUCCUAAUACAACUCACCAAGAAUUUCCAUGACGCCAGAAAAAUGUUCAUCGGGGGAAUACCCUGCGAUACCAGUAAGCAAACUCUUCUUGAGUACUUGACCAAAUUUGGCGAGAUGAUAGAUUUUAUUAUUAAAACCCAUCCAGACGGUGUUUCCAGGGGGUUUGGAUUUGUGCUUUUUAAAGAUAGUGCCACCGUUGAAAAGGUGCUCCAAGUCAAAGAGCACAAACUGGAUGGCAAAAAAAUUGAUAUUAAAAGGUCUGAAGCCAUAGAAUUUAAACCUCCGCCAAGAAGAGUUUUUGUCGGGGGGUUGAAUCCUCGUAUGUCUGAAGCAAAAAUCAGAAACUAUUUUGGGGCAUUUGGUGUGAUUGAGAAUAUUGAGCGUCCAUUUUGUCCAGGAACAAACAAAAGACAAGCUUUCUGUUUUAUCACAUAUACUGAUGAAAAACCAGUGAGAAAGCUGUUAGAAGCCAGGUACCAUCUGACUGACUCUGGGUGGUGUGAAAUAAAAAUUGCACUCUCGAAAAUAUAUUUGAAGUCACAACACAGAGGAGGAAGAGAUGUUCCAUUUGCCAGGCUAGGCAACUACUGUGGAGGAAUAAGCUCCCAGGCAAAUCCAAGGCCUUGCGGAGCAAACACAAAUGCUUUUGGCACAGACCCAAAUGUUUGUGGGGCGGUUGGAGGCGGCAUUGGCAGAAGCCCUUCUACUGUUUUUAUGCCUGUUCCCUUCUCAGCCUGUAAUGAAGGGUUUAAUUUUUCUGAUCAAAUGUAUGGCAGUUUCCCUAAUGCCUACAAUAAUCAGCCAAUUUUUAAUACCUAUGGUGAAGAUUAUUUUCUUGGCCAUAACUAUGGGACCCAUGGGUGUGGAACUGCAUUUACUAAUUAA